GAUGAUUGCAGCCUUUCUUUCAGCAGAUACUAAGGCAUAACUCUCAACACUGCUCAUUGACUUAGGAGCUACAAACUCCAAGUCUUUCUCGUAGAAACUAAAAUCUUAUUCUAGGAAGAGCUUUAGUUAGAAUAGAUGGGCUUGAUCUAUGGGUGUGCAGUGGAAGAUAUCAUCACUGGCUUGGCAAUCAUAUGUAGGGGUUGGAAACCAGUUUACUUUAGUCCCCAUAAAAGUGCUUUCUUGGGUGUUGCUCCAACAACAUUAGAUCAAAGUCUUAUUCAGGACAAGAGGUGGUCUGAAGGUCUGUUUCAGAUAUUGCUCUCCAAGUACUGCCCCUUAUUAUAUGGUUAUGGGAAGAUAAAACUGGGUGCUCGGUUGGGUUACCGUGUCUAUCUCGUAUGGGCUCCUACCUUCUUGCCGAUGCUCUAUUAUAUGAUCGUUCCUCCCCUGUUCUUGCUUCAUGGCAUUGCCUUAUUCCCAGAGGUUUCAAUCCCAUGGUUCUUGCCAUUUGCUUAUGUUUUUGUAGCCAAGAAUGCUUACAGCAUACUUGAGACAGUGAGCUGUGGAGAAACAUUCAAGACUUUGUGGAACUUCGAACGAAUGUGGAUGAUGCGAUCAGCAACUUCAUACCUGUUUGCCUUCAUAGACAACCUCACAAUGCUAUUUGGACUUUCUGAAACAACAUUUGUCAUUACAGCCAAGGUGGCCGAUGAGGAUGUGUUGAAGAGGUACCAACAUGAAAUCAUUGAAUUUGGAAGCUCAUCUCUCAUGUUUACUAUCAUAUCAACAUUAGCCCUGCUGAACCUUUUCAGUUCAGUUGGGGGAAUCAAGAAAGUCAUUUUCGAUAUCGAAUUCAGGGUUGCUGCAGGCUUGAUCCCACAUGUUAUUCUUUGUGGGGUAACAGUUAUGCUCCAUGUGACUGUGUACGAAGCCCUCUUUGUCCGCAACGAUAAGGGCCGAAUCCCAUCCUCUGUUAUGUUCAAGUCAAUUAUUGUAGCUUCGCUGGCAUGUCUAAUGCCCUAUUUGCUUUACAAUUAAGCACUCAUCGGCAUGUAAAUUUCAAAGGUGUGAUGUUUUAUAUUUUUUUA